GAGCUGCUCUCUCCCACCGAGCGCUGAAGGACCUCUAAUUCAUCGCCCAAUCUAGGGAAUAACGGAGAAUGGACUACUCAGCAAUGAAAUGUAUGUCUCCCGGUGUUGGUUUAACUUUGAUGUGAACUGCGAGCGUCCAGCGCUCCCAUCUGGUGCUGCAGUUGAACACCACUGGACUCCCUGCUCAAGUCUGACCUCCGGUGUCAGCAGCCGGCGUUUCCAAGAUGAUCAGCCCUCAGAUAUACCUCCACUACAACUACACGGGAAAGCUGGACCACCGGCCCAGCGUUGGCACAAGCUCCGGCACCGUGGACGCUAAAACCAUCGUGUUCCUCGUCGUGUGCGGCUUCAUCGUCCUGGAGAACCUCACUGUGCUGCUGGCCAUAUGGAGGAACCACCGAUUCCACAACCGGAUGUACUUCUUCAUCGCCAACCUGGCGCUGUGCGACAUGCUGGCCGGGGUCGCCUACCUGGUCAACCUGCUCCUGUCGGGGGAGAAGACCCUGCAGCUGUCCCCGGCCCUCUGGUUCGUCAGGGAGGGCAGCAUGUUCGUGGCACUCGGCGCCUCCAUUUUCAGCCUCCUGGCGAUUGCAAUAGAGAGACACCUGACCAUGAUCAAAAUGAGGCCUUAUGAUGCCAACAAGAACUACAGAGUGUUCCUGCUCAUAGGGGCCUGCUGGCUCAUUGCGAUAUCUCUUGGAGCGUUGCCUAUCCUGGGCUGGAACUGCCUGGAAAACCUCCCCGAUUGCUCCACAGUCCUCCCUCUCUAUUCCAAGAAAUAUGUAGCUUUCUGCAUCACCGUGUUCAUGGUUUUGCUCUUAGCCAUGUCAGUGCUUUACGCCCGCAUCUACAUACUGGUUAAGUCGAGCAGCAGGAAGGUGAGCAAGCACAGCAACUCCGAGCACGCCAUGUCCCUCCUGCGCACCGUCAUCAUCGUGGUCGGGGUCUUCAUCGCUUGCUGGACGCCCAUCUUCGUCCUGCUCCUGGUGGACGUGGCGUGCGAGGAGCGCUGCGACAUCCUCUACAAGGCCGACUGGUUCAUCGCCGUGGCCGUGCUCAACUCCGCCAUGAACCCGGUCAUCUACACCCUGGCCAGCCGCGAGAUGAGACGGGCCUUCCUGGGUCUGGUUUGCGGCGUUUGCUACAGGGGGAAGGUUUCCGUGAACGGCAGCGGGAACAAGCAGUCUCUGGAGCCCAGCCGCAGCCGGAGCAAGUCGUGGAACAGCCAGAACAAUCCCAACCAGAACCAGCAGAGCUCCAGGCAGGCGGAGAAGGGGCCGGAGAUGGACGGCGGCCGUGGAGAGGUGGCGGUGGUGGCAGGAGCAAGCAGAGGUGUUGCCGAGGCCAUCCUGGAGGGUGACAGGAAAGACUGAAAGAAAGGAAGCAAGGAAGCGUCAUAUGGUGUGUUUACUGGCAUUGGUGGAGAACAUUGGUGACAAAAAGAACUUUGCUCCAAUUCGAAUGAAGGAUUUAUGUUUAACCCUCCUGUUGUCAUCAUUUACGGGCACCAAAAAAUACUGUUCCUUUCUCUGAAAAAAAAUUCAAAAAUUCAGCCAAAAAAUUCCCCAAAUUUAUGAAAAAUUAUCAAAAGCUUCAGGAAGAAAAUUCCAAAAAAAUCAUUAAAAGUUUCCCAUAAAAGUUUUAUUUAAAAAAAAAUAAAACUCCCCAAAUUGGCCAUGAAGUAAAAAUUUAAAAAAUAAAAAAAUAAAAAUUGUAAAUAUUUUCAAAAAAUGAAUAAAAAUCUUCUAAAUUUAUAAAAAAUUAGCAAAAUCUUCAGGAAGAAAAUUGCAAAAAUUCCUUAAAAGUUUCCCAUAAAAGUUUUAUUUUUGAAAAAUCCCCAAAUUUGGCAAGAAAUAAUAAUGUAAAAAAAUGUUAAAAAAUUGUAAAUAUUUUCAAAAAAUGAAUAAAAAUCUUCCAAAUUGAUAAAAAUUAUCAAAACUUCAGGAAGAAAAUUCCAAAAAUUCCUUAAAAGUUUCCCAUAAACGUUUUAUUUAAAAAAAAUCCCCAAAUUUGGCAAGAAAUAAAAAUUUGAAAAUAAAAAAAAUUAACAUUGUAAAUAUUUUCAAAAAAUGAAUAAAAAUCUUCCAAAAAUAUCCUAAAAUUAUCAAAAAUGAUUCCAUAUAUAUCAGUACAACUUCUAAUAUUUUACUUAAGAACAUCGGAACAACUGUAUUUUGGUAGAUUUUUUUUUCUGAAUGUUCUUAAGAAACAUUUUUAACAUUUCUUUUUUUCCACCAAAACAUGUUCAAGGAUUUCCCAAAAAUGUUGAAAAUGUGGACAUCAGAAGUUUCACUGUGAAAAUAUAUUUGUUUUCCACUUUUUCAAACUUUAAAACGGGUCAAUUUUGACCCGCAGGACAACAUGAGGGUUAAAUGAAGGACAGAUUUCAGACAUUUGCUGCAGGGCAGUAGUUUUCCUUUGUGCUUGAUAUUGACAUAUAUGCAUCUUCUACAAAUGAGAAGUUAAUUUAUAUGCUCACACUUCAAACUGAUUAAUAUAUGAGGCCAACAAGUAAGUUCUUCCUCUUUGUCAAAUCAGCUGUCUAGCGAGAGCCAACUAUCUCCAAUUUGCUCAUUUUACAGUUAACUCGACAACCUUUUAUCUGAAAAAUGCACUCUCACAAAUCUAAAACAGGGUUUCUGCAGAAAUCAGCAAGUCAAAUUUAAUGCUUUUUAAUGCCAUUUUAAUACUAUAAAGUAAAAUUUUUAGUGCCACGACCACAAACUCAAUAGAUUACACGGGUUUGGGGGUUUUUUUGUAAAAGAUGAUUUUUAAAUGAAAACUGUCCCUACAUUUCACGAUUUCUGAAUCUGGAAACCACCCCUGACCACACACGGGCCGUAGUCAUUCUCUGAAAUCUACCUUUUUGAGCCGUUUUUGCUGGAAUUAGGUAAACGAGAUGCAAAAUGACAAAAACGAGAUGCAAAAUGACAAAAACGAGAGCAAAAUGACAAAAACAAGACACAAAAUGACAAAAACGAGACACAAAAUGACAAAAACAAGACAUAAAAUGACUAAAACUAGACGCAAAAUGACAAAAACAGGACACAAAAUGACAAAAAUGAGAUGCCAAGUGACAAAAACGAGACAGGAAAUGACAAAAACUAGACACAAAAUGACAAAAACAAGACACAAAAUGACAAAAACAAGACACAAAAUGACAAAAACAAGACACAAAACGACAAAAACGAGACACAAAAAGACAAAAAAAACACCACCCCUGACCAUGAACGGGCUGUAGUCAUUCUCUGAAAUUCACCUUUUUGAGCCAUUUUUGCUGGAAUUUGCGUUUUCCCAUUUCCCAGCUCUCCUCCACCUGGUCCAGCCUGCUGGCCACUUUAAAAACCUGCAGUUUUUGGCAAUUGUACCCAACCGGCCGGAACAAUUACCACAAUGCUUUGGCAUGUUUACGCAGAUGCACAUAUCUGACGAAUCGCAGUCUAUAAUUACAUAUAUUAUUAUUGUCAAAUAUUUUUCUUGAAAACUGCAGAAAGAAUUUUUAAUGCCACUGAGAAUCAAAUUUAAUGAUUUUUAAUGCCAUUUAAGGCCUUAAUUUUUGCGAUAUCAACUUGAUGACUAUUAAUUCUUUUUAAUGCCCUGCAGAAACCCUGUAAAACAGGGCAGCUCACAUUUGGAAAACUCACAUUUUUGGAGAGUCAUGGUUUUCACAGAACAAUGAUUUCAGUAAAUGAAUGGUGCUCUUACCCCUGACAGAAAAGACAUGUGCCUCCAUGGUUACAGUUGUGACCAUCCAAGACAAAUAGAAACUGAAAAUUCACCUGUAAUCAGUUAAAAGUGCAAUUAUAUGUAACUGCAAAAACAAUGUAACGAAGAAUGAUUGUAGACAAAACAUUAUUGUAAUGAGAUACAGCUGGAGGUAUUUAUUAUUCUAUGUAUUCUGUCAUUUUGUAUUUACCCAAUAAUGCUACAGUAUGCUGUGCAGUUACUGUAGUCUGUGUUGUACAUUGUAUACUUGAGGUUUGAGACACAAACACAAGCUCAAACUGCUACACUUUUGUUAUAUUGGUAGCAUCUUCUUCAACAUGAAAGAACUGCAUUAGUUACACAGUAAAAGCAAAUGUAACUGAUGCGUAUAAUUCAGCAGCAGUAGUUGUAGUGAUACCAGGUCUCCAUCUGCUGGUUUGUGUUCAGUACUGCUGCAUGUUCAGUGCACAGCGGUUUCACCCGUCCUGUGUGCAAAGUUCCUAUCAACCGUGAAAGCAUGAAGUUGGUAACCUGAGUUAUGAAACAAGUCUUGAGAGGCAUGUGUAUGCAGCAUGUGAAACAUAAGCUAAAUACAGAUGCAAAAUAUCAGCUUUGGCACAAUAAAGUAAAAACAGAGUAAACACACUGAGUAAGGAUGUUUCAUACGUGGUCAGCAGAGUGUAGUUCUAUUAUAUAGUUAUAUUCCCUUAUUUACUGGGAUAUCUGGUCAUGCUGACAGUUUAGAUUUUGCAGGUCAAGAAUUAGAGAUAUUAGUUUCUGAGAUAUUUGCAGUCUGUAUGUAAUUUGAAUCAUGUUUGUGUGUUGUGGGAACUCAUUUAGUAUCGUAUUUUAAAACCAAUGCCAUGGUAGGUUUAACAGCUCUGGAUUAUCCAGCGCAACAAGGACACUGUUUGUGGAGGCUUUAAUGCUGUGAGCAUCCUAAACAAUUCAGUUCACCAACAUUGUGAUGAUUUGGAAGAAAAAAAAAGUCAAAAAUUGGUGUCAGAAUUAGAAACUGUAAAUCAGUGUGUCUGUAUGCCUGGAUACAAUGGUAGUAAAGGAGGAGCAUGUUUUUCAAAGGCGCCCUCUGGUGAAAAUCAAGGUUUUUACGUUGAAAACAUGCCCAAAUGGUGGUUUCUUUAUGGUGGAAGACAUAGAAAGAGUGAAGCAAGAAGCCAACGCCAUGCCUGUCUUCUUGGAGGAUGGAGCUUUUCCUUCUCAUAGCUCUUUUUCAGAAUUGGGGUGCAUUCCAAUAUCCAUAGUACCAUACUAUAAAGUGUGCCAGAAGAAGAUUUAGUAUAUGUAUAUCAAAUGUAGUAUGGCAAAAAUAUUCAGAUGUCCUACUCACUGUUCCCUCUAAGCUGCGCGCGUGUGCAAUUGCGCACUGCUGUCACGGUCUCCGCGAAAUUGUAAAUAAAAUAAACACGUCACAAUUCA